AUGGACGUAGACGUGGACGUGGACCUGGACGUGGACGUGGACAUGGACAUGGACGUGGACGUGGACGUGGAGAACUUGGACGUGGAGGAUUUGGAUGACUUGGACGUGGACAUGGACGUGGACAUGGACAUGGACUUGGAUGUGGACAUGGACUUGGACAUGGACGUGGACAUGGACGUGGACAUGGACUUGGACAUGGACGUGGACAUGGACGUGGACGUGGACUUGGACGUGGACGUGGACGUGGACGUGGACAUGGACGUGGACAUGGACGUGGACGUGGACAUGGACGUGGACAUGGACGUGGACAUGGACGUGGACGUGGACGUGGACGUGGACAUGGACGUGGACAUGGACGUGGACGUGGACGUAGACGUGGACGUGGACGUGGACAUGGACGUAGACAUGGACGUGUACGUGGACGUGGACGUGGACGUGGACAUGGACGUGGACGUGGACGUGGACGUGGACGUGGACAUAGUCGUGGACGUGGACGUGGACGUGGACGUGGACAUUGUCGUGGUCGUGGACGUGGACGUGGACGUGGACGUGAACGUGGUCGUGGACGUGGACGUGGACGUGGACGUGGACGUGGACGUUGACGUGGACAUGGACAUGGACAUGGACGUGGACGUGGACGUGGACGUGGACGUGGACGUUGACGUGGACAUGGACGUGGACGUGGACGUGGACGUGAACGUGGUUGUGGACAUGGACGUGGACGUGGACGUGGACAUGGACGUAGACGUGGACGUUGACGUGGUCGUUGACUUGGACGUGGAGGUGGACGUGGACGUGGUCGUGGACAUGGACGUGGACGUGGACGUGGACAUGGACGUGGAUAUGGACGUGGACGUGGACGUGGACGUGGUCGUGGACGUGGUCGUGGACGUGGACGUGGUCGUGGACGUGGACGUGGACGUGGUCGUGGACGUGGACGUGGACAUGGACGUGGACGUGGACGUGGUCGUGGACGUGGUCAUGGACGUGGAGGACUUGGACGUGGAGGACUUGGACGUGGACGUGCACGUGGACGUGGACGUGGACGUGGUCAUGGACGUGGUCGUGGACGUGGAGGACUUGGACGUGGAGGACUUGGACGUGGACGUGGACAUGGACGUGGACAUGGACGUGGACGUGGUUGUAGACGUGGUCGUGGACGUGGACGUGGUCGUGGACGUGGUCGUGGACGUGGACGUGGUCGUGGACGUGGUCGUGGACGUGGACGUGGACGUGGUCGUGGACGUGGAGGACUUGGACGUGGAGGACUUGGACGUGGACUGA